AGAAAGCGGUUAAAUAUUAAGCAGAGCCGGAGCCGGUUGCGUCAUGUCAUGACGCAGAGUGACGUGUGUGCGUUCAUUUGAAUAAUGCUUAUAGAGGCAGCGUGAGGCGCGCACUCGGAACAGAAUCACCCGCACGAGCCCGCAGCAGUUUGUCUCAGUCUGAACUGAACGAGUCGUCAUGAACAGCAUGAAGAGUCUGAUGAGCCGCGUGACGCCGGCCCUGAGCCGUGCAGUGCAUUCUGGGAAGUGUGCUUCAUCCUCGGCGGUGUCCAGAGCCAAACCUGCGGAUCCUGCGCUGACGUCAGAGGAGGUGUACGCUCGAGAGGAUCGAUACGGUGCUCAUAACUAUCACCCGCUGCCCGUGGCCCUGGAGCGAGGAGAUGGGGUUCACGUGUGGGACGUGGAGGGCGGCAGGUACUUUGACUUCCUAAGUGCGUACAGCGCUGUGAACCAGGGUCACUGUCACCCCAAGAUCAUCGCGGCGCUGACGGCACAGGCCUCUCGGCUCACGCUCACCUCCAGAGCCUUCUACAACGACGUGCUGGGCGUCUACGAGCAGUACAUCACCGGCCUGUUCGGAUACGAUAAAGUGCUGCCCAUGAACACAGGUGUGGAGGGCGGAGAGACGGCCUGUAAACUGGCCCGUAAGUGGGCGUACACGGUCAAGGGCGUCCCGAAAUAUGAGGCAAAGAUCGUGUUUGCAGCGGGGAAUUUCUGGGGCCGGACGAUGGCAGCCAUUUCCAGCUCGACGGACCCCAGCAGUUACGAGGGCUUCGGUCCGUUCAUGCCUGGAUUUGAGCUGGUCCCGUACAAUGACAUCACUGCGCUAGAGAAAGCGCUACAGGAUCCAAACGUGGCGGCGUUCAUGGUGGAGCCCAUCCAGGGUGAAGCAGGUGUGGUAGUUCCUGAUCCCGGUUACCUCACGAAAGUCCGGGAGCUUUGUACCAAACACAAUGUUCUGUUCAUUGCUGAUGAGGUGCAGACCGGUCUGGCCCGCACUGGACGGCGUCUGGCUGUGGACCACGAGGCAGUGAGGCCAGAUCUGGUGAUUCUGGGUAAAGCUCUGUCAGGAGGAGUGUAUCCGGUCUCUGCUGUUCUGUGUGAUGAUGAGGUGAUGCUGACCAUCAAGCCUGGAGAACACGGAUCCACGUAUGGAGGAAACCCUCUGGCCUGCCGCGUCGCCAUCGCUGCUCUGGAGGUUCUGGAGGAGGAGGGUCUGGCUCAGAAUGCGGAUCUGAUGGGUCAGAUUCUUCGCUCUGAGCUCAGGAAGCUUCCGCUGGAGAUCGUGAGCGGCGUCCGCGGGAAAGGCCUCCUGAACGCCAUCAUCAUCAAAGAGACCAAAGACUAUGACGCCUGGAGGGUGUGCCUCCGUCUCCGUGACAACGGCCUGCUGGCCAAGCCCACUCACGGUGACAUCAUCAGACUAGCCCCGCCCCUCAUUAUAAAGGAGGAUGAGGUCAGAGAGUGUGUGGACAUCAUCAGCAGAACCAUCCUGUCCUUCUAAACCACUGGAAUCCUCCUCAUCUGACUGAUUUCACUUUAAUUCUUCUGAUUCUAGCCUGCUUUAAUCCUGUUUUUCAUGAGCUGUU